AUGUCUGCGCUCUCAUAUCCGUCGCCUGUAGAAUACCCGAGCCCUAGUAGGAAAAAGACCGGUACAACAGAACAGGCUUUAUUGACCAAUCAGAGGCCAGAGCCACGCGUCAGGCGCCUUCCAUCCGAGUCCACCACGCUGGCCACGCCGCUCAUUAUAUAUUGCAUCUCAUCCAUGUCCUUCUCUGGUUGGCUGCUUAUCUUCCUCGCAUGCCAUUGGAACACAAAGAGACACAGGAUUGGCUACGGCCAGGUGAUCCAACAUGUCUGCGCCCUAAUCCGACGCCACUGUAGGUUUCGGCCCCAUGGUAUAGUGAGGAAGAGAAUGAGACAAGAUGAUUUUUCUUUAAUAAAGGAUGAAACUCGCAACGCUGGUCUGAAUCUGGUCAGUCCGUAUAGGGAAAACAGGGGGUUUAUAUAUCCUAGUUCGGUUCUUCCUGUUCUCCCAUUGGUCCGUCCCACGUCGCUACAAUGGAGACAGAAAACUCGUGAGCGGAUUGGCUCUCAGCCUCCGGCGCGUAAUUCAGUGCCCGCACGUCACCACGCAGCCGGAAGUCGCACCACCGGUCAUGUGAUGUCGCCUCCGCGCCGUGCUCACACCGUCACCAAUAUGGCUGCCGCCUGUCAUUCCGCUACACCACACUGCCUCCCCCUUAGGAGUGAAGCUGUCCUCAGCUUCUGGCUUGGUUCACCGCACUGUUGUCGAGAUCCAGUGUUGGUAAAAUAUCCAGUUCGACACUCCCCGCACCCCACAUCUGGCAGGAAGGACUCAUCAUCCAUUGAAGGUCCAUUCGCAGAUGCAGUCCAGCUGGCUUUCACUGUCCAAGUCGUCGUCGCUGAAUUGCCAAGCCUCUUCAGAUGCAGUAUUCCUAAUCCCGGGCAAUGGCUAUGGAUCCAGUUUAUUGGACAUCGGACGACCGCCAUGACAACUCCAGCUGGCAUUCAGGGGUCUUUGCCUGUGUUGACCAUAGAAGAGAAAGGGCUGGGGUUCGAUUUGCGUUAUUCGAACGCAUCCGCUGCCACCAUUGUAGAAUACCCGAGCCCUAGUAGGAAAAAGACCGGUAAAACAGAACAGGCUUUAUUGACCAAUCAGAAGCCAGAUCCAUGCGUCAGGCGCCUUCCAUCCGAGUCCACCACGCUGGCCACGCCACUCAUUAUAUACUGCAUCUCAUCCGUGUCCUUCUCUGGUUGGCUGCUUAUCUUCCUCGCAUGCCAUUGGAACACAGAGAGACACAGGAUUGGCUACGGCCAGGUGGUCCAACAUGUCUGCGCCCUGAUCUGA